UUCAUAUAUCUGUAAGAAUAUUUCAUACCUUCUUAAUGAAAUUUAAUAUAAAUAUCGCAAAGUAAAUAAGAUAAAAUAAAUAAUUCUUAUUCAAAAUAUCUUGAAUGCUUAACAAACAGUAGUAAUUAAGUAUUUCACCUAACAAAAGAAAUCAUAUCAGUAUAGACUUUGUGCGCGAUUGACAACGGGAGCCUAAAUAUAUAUGGGUGAACAAACGGGUGUAGAUGUGGAGGUUAACACCGAUAUUGCUCCAAGGGGGUUAUUUGGAAUUAAUAAAAAUUUGGUUUUAUUAAAAGUAACGCUCUUCUUUCUACAUGGAGCCACCUCCUCACUCGUUCCGUACUUAACAGUUCACAUGCAGAGUAUAGGUCUUACAAUGGAACAAAUAGCAAUUAUUUAUCUUUUACUUCCGUUCACAACAUUUAUAGCGCCUCCUAUUACUGGUUAUCUAGUCGACAAAUUUGGAAAAUAUAAACCAAUUGUAAUUGGUUGCUUUUUGUUAACUGCAAUUUUACAUCACUCUCUACUUAUUAUGCCUACUCGAGAGGCGCCUGGAGUUGUACCAGAUGGGUACAUAAUUAGACAUCCGAAGAAAAUGUAUGUAGAGGUGUGGUGGAGUCCGUGUCCUAGCAGAGAAUGUCCGAACAAUGAAGAGUUGGAUAUAGUAUUAGACUUGUGCGUAGACCAUUGUUUAAUAGCAGACGCCAAAAGUAAAAAACACAGACAAAAAAAAAAUGCAAGUGACCCAGGAGAUACAACAGAUGAUUUGAGUUUUCACAUCAAAAAGAAACAAAGAAAUGAUACGGCAACAGCGUUUACAUUGGAUAUGCAUCCAAACCUUGGAGAUCCAGUAGAACAAUUUGGUAUUGAAUUAGAAUCAGCCGAGGAAGAUGAUGACGUUACUGAAUUUAAAAAAAGGUUUCGAUCGGGCAUGUUGAAACGAAAUGGAGUUGACAUGAAAGAACUAGAGCCUAAAGAUUUAAGAUGUGGAGGAAUUGUACUUGAAGCGAAUACCAGCACGCAAAAUCGUCUUUCUAAUUACACUAACGAUUGUAUUCUUCAAAGAUGCCAGUUUAGAUCAGGUGGUCCAGAAAUGUGCCCACCGGAUUUCAAAGAAUCUGAUCCAGUAAUAUUUUGGGUAUAUGGUGGAUUAAGAUUUUUGGCAACUAUGAUGCAGUUAGCAGCAACAUCUAUUAUGGAUCCAGUAGCUUUAUCCUUGAUAGAAAAAUAUGGUGGCGACUUUGGCAAAGAAAGAUUAUUUUCAUGUAUUGGAAUGGCAAUUUUUUCACCAAUUGUUGGCGCUCUUAUUGAUUGGAAUAGUGAACGUUUGGGAUAUACCGACUAUUCAGCAGCGUUUUAUGCAUUUGAUGUACUUCUAAUAAUAGCUUCUAUUUCUCUGCUUGCUAUGCAAAUAGAUACAAAAUUACCAUCUGAUAGUUUAUUCAGUGAUUUAAAAAAAAUAUUAAAAAUGCCAUCUCUGAUGGUAUUUGUUUUCUUCUUGUUUCUUUUAGGAAACCUAUGGGGCUUCAUUGAAAGCUUUUUGUUUUUUUAUUUAAAAGAUCUUGGAGCUCCUACUUACCUUUUGGGUAUAACUGUUACAGUGGGAACAAUGAGUAGUAUUCCUUUUCUAUAUGGUGCCGAAAAAAUAACUAGAAAAAUUGGACACGUAAGAGUUAUAAUAGCAGCCUUUUUUGCCCAUUCUAUCAGAUUAACAGGAUAUUCUCUGAUUGGGACUGCUUGGUGGUGUAUUCCAUUCGAAGCUUUGGAAUCUAUAGCACUACACUUAAUGUGGGUAGCAGCAGCAACCUACUGUGCUAUUUUGGCACCAAAAGGUUUAUUAGCAACAUUGCUUGGAGUAUGCAUGGUGGCCCAUUACAGUGUAGGAAGAGGUAGCGGCAGUUUCUUCGGUGGCCAUCUCAUCGCUAAAUUUGGGAUAACGAUAUCCUUUAGAAUUAUGGGAGCGUUCGCUGUUUGUUCUGGAUUAUUAUAUACAAUUUUACAUUUCUUGUGGUUGAAGAAAGUUGAAUUCCGUGUUGAAAACGAAGUACAAGGUGAAGAAGCUGAAAAUCUAAACAAUGGUCAGUUGAAAUAUAAGGAUCAGGGUACAAUGAUGAGUAUGGAAAGAUUAAGUGUUAUGGCCGAAUUUAAUCCAGUAGGAUCAUUGUCAUCGUUAGGUAGAAGUCAUUUAUCCAGAAGUAGUAUUAUUAGAAGAGGAAGUUUGAGUGUUCCGAUAAAACCUAGAUCUGCAUUUCCAUUCAUCAAACCUGAAUACCUAACAUCUGCUAACGAAAUUAGACGGAACAGUGAAAAGGAUAUUUCAAGCAAUGUUAUUUACUCAAAUAUACCUCAAAAUGAAAAUGGUUACAUCCCAAACGAGAAAGAUGAAAUUGUUUAUGAUGAGAUUAAAAGAAAACAUCAGACAGAAGAUAAAAACGAAAAGAGAAGCAAUAAAGAAAAAUUUUCUACAGACGUAACUGAAAUAGAAUCUCAAAAAGGAAAAUAAUAUUAUUUAAUUAAAUUUACGAUAGAUUUAUUCUGUAAUGUGUUUACACAUAAAGAGAUCCGAAUAAUAAUGUAAUGUGUUAAUGCACAAAGAAAUCCGAAUAAUAAAG